AGGAACACAGGAAGGGCGGGGACCCGGAUGUGUGUGGUGGCGGCGGCCGAAGAGCUUGUGAGUGGAGCUGAGAGGCCUAUGGAUGAGGAGGACGCGGCGGCCCCGUUACCAUGGAAACUCUGGUGAAGUUGGCUGCUACGUGGCUUCCCGACCCUUGACCAAGGACAGCAAUUAUUUUGAGGUGUCUAUUGUGGAUAGUGGUGUCCGCGGUACCAUUGCUGUGGGGCUGGUCCCUCAGUACUACAGUUUGGAUCACCAGCCUGGCUGGUUGCCAGACUCUGUUGCCUACCAUGCUGAUGAUGGCAAGCUGUACAAUGGCCGAGCCAAGGGUCGGCAGUUCGGGUCAAAGUGCAACUCUGGCGACCGGAUUGGCUGUGGCAUUGAGCCUGUAUCCUUCGAUGUGCAGACUGCCCAGAUCUUCUUCACCAAAAAUGGGAAACGGGUGGGCUCCACUAUCAUGCCCAUGUCCCCAGAUGGGCUUUUCCCAGCGGUCGGCAUGCAUUCCCUGGGCGAGGAGGUGCGACUGCACCUCAAUGCUGAGUUGGGCCGCGAGGAUGAUAGCGUCAUGAUGGUGGACAGUUACGAGGACGAGUGGGGCCGGCUGCAUGAUGUCAGAGUCUGUGGGACUCUGCUGGAGUACUUGGGCAAGGGCAAGAGCAUCGUGGAUGUGGGGCUGGCCCAGGCCCGGCACCCGCUGAGCACCCGCAGCCACUACUUCGAGGUGGAGAUUGUGGACCCUGGAGAGAAGUGCUACAUUGCCUUGGGCCUGGCCCGAAAGGACUAUCCCAAGAACAGGCACCCUGGCUGGAGCAGAGGGUCUGUGGCUUAUCAUGCAGAUGACGGGAAGAUCUUUCACGGCAGUGGUGUAGGGGACCCCUUUGGGCCACGCUGUUACAAAGGGGACAUUAUGGGCUGCGGAAUCAUGUUCCCCCGGGACUAUAUUCUGGACAGUGAGGGGGACAGUGAUGACAGUUGUGACACAGUGAUCCUAUCCCCGACGGCCCGGGCUGUCCGGAACGUCCGGAACGUUAUGUACCUGCACCAGGAAGGGGAAGAGGAAGAGGAGGAAGAGGAAGAGGAAGAAGAUGGGGAAGAGAUAGAACAGGAGCAUGAGGGCAAGAAGGUGGUGGUUUUUUUUCACCCGGAACGGCAAGAUCAUUGGGAAGAAGGAUGCUGUUGUACCUUCUGGAGGCUUCUUCCCCACCAUUGGAAUGCUGAGCUGCGGGGAGAAAGUCAAAGUAGACCUGCAUCCCUUGAGUGGCUAGGAGCUUCCCCUCCACAGCUGCCCCUUCUCCCUCUGCAAGGCCAGGUGCCCAGUUCCUCACUUCCUCCAGGACUGCUUGCCCAGUGGGUCCUGGGGGUGUGUGGUCACUCUGCCCUUACCAGCCCAGGCCCUAUCAAGCUCUACCUUUCUGACCUGGUGCCACCUUUAUCAUCAGUUUUGGGCCUGAGUCCCUGGCUGGAUAGGAAUGGACCCAAAGAAUGGUGUUGAUAUAAGGGGGGUCUUCUUUGCUUUGGCCCAUGGGCACCUGGAUGCCCUUCACUGGCCCCAGGCAAGUGGAGAGGAGUGAGCCCCCUGCCCCCCAGCUGCUAUUUGGGCAUGAGCUUUGCAGAGGGUAGAGGAGAGUCAUCCAUGUCCCCUACUUACCACAGUAUUUCCCAUGAACUCUGUCCCGUCCUCAUUGUGUGAACCAGUUGCUGCUGUCCUCCCCCUGGCUGGGCUAGGGGGCCACCCUUGGGCCCUCUCUCUCUUUUACUGGCUGCUGCCCCAGUCCUUUAGGGUCUCUUCUCUCUCUUGAGAGCUGGCUUCCCCCUACCCGACCCAUUCAGGGGUCAUCAUCCCAGAGAGCCUGAGACUCUGGCUCCCCCACCUGGACACAUACUGGUGGCUGCCCGGGUUGUGUGCAGCAGGGAAGGCUGUGACUGUGAAGUGGCAUGGGCCCGGGGCCUUUGCUCCUCUCCCUGCCCAGCCAUGGCACUGUUAUCUCUUAACUCCCUAGAGUGAUCUGAGGCUCUGGGGCAUGUCUCCUGCUGUGGUGAGCCAGCCCGGAGGGGGCGUGGCCCCUCGCUCUUUUCCUGCCCCAUCUCUGCCUACCCCACGCUCCAGCUUGCUGCUUGUGCCAGUUGCCUGUUUGCUUCAGUGUUUGACGCUAGCACUUACGUAGACUCCCAUCUCCUUGUACCCCUUGACCCCUGAGCCCACCCCGUAACAGUGACUUCUGCUGGGUAAGCAGAAGCAGGAGCCAUUGGCUUCGGUUUGCACAGAGUGGGUAGAGCCACGGGGAAAGUGGGUGCACUGUGGUGCUCCUGGGGCCCCUGUGGCCAUCCCUUCAGGCCCUGCACUAUGAUGUAUGAAAUGUAUGUACAGAUGAGAGAUGUUUAUACAGCCAAUAAAGACAGAGUUUCCAUAUUUAUCA